GGUGAGUAGUGUGACAUGAAAUAUUCAUGCAUAUAUGACAGUAGCUGUACCUACUGCUUGUAUGAAAAUCUCUUAGCAUCUGGAUACUAUUUCAUGUCAAUAUUUUGCGUGCUAUGAGUCGUCGAUGUUUGAUUGGAAUUUUACUUACCUGGUGUUUAUUUUCAUUGCUGGUUGGUAGCGAGAUAUGUGAACCGACGGAUGAACUUUUGUCCUGCUUCACUAAAAUCUUGUCUUUUGAAGCGAUUGGAGAGAUACAUCGGAAUCUUGAUGGCGAUAAAAAUGGGGAAGUGGACUAUUCUGAGACAGAGAAGUUUCUAAGAAAGGAAUUCAAUUCCGCUGAUGCGGUUAAAAAAUCCCGCAUACUAAAUAGUGAUGAUCCUCUGAUUAGUCUCACGGAUUUGUGGCAGAUGUGGAGAAACAAUCCAGCAUUUAACUGGACUGUGAAAGAUACCAUUCAAUGGUUAACAGGUCCAGUAGAUCUUCCUCAAUAUGCUGAUAUAUUUCGUCAACAUCAUGUGGAUGGACGUUCACUACCGCGCCUGGCUAUGCAAAAUAUGAGUUACUUAACAGAUGUACUGCGGAUUCAAAAUCCAAUUCACAAGAAGAAACUAAUGCUUCGUGCUCUAGAUAUCAUCCUGUUUGGACCUCCAAGGCACUCAGUGUUCGCAUCGGUCAAUGUAUCCUUUGUCACAUUAUCGCUAGGAUUACUGUGCAUUUCAGUUGCCAGCUUCUCACAUUGGUUUUGUCAUGCAUCAAGUAAUUCUGAAAAACAACAAGCUGGUAAGAAACACGAAAAGUUGAAUUCUGCUGAACAAACGUUAAAACAGCUUCAAAAAAGGUUAAAUGAUGUGGAACAAUUAAGACAAACAUUGAACGCUUAUGAGUUAAAUCAUCAUUUUACAUCAUCCUCAGCGCUGUUGCCUAUGUCUUCACAAUGUACAAGCCGAGAAAACAUUUCAUCCUGUCAGACAAUGAAUACAAAACCAUACAGUGAAAAAUGUUCAACAAUAAAUAAACAAACAUUCAAUCAUUUACCGUAUAAUUCAAAUUCUAUUACAGAAUUAACUUUGUUAAAUGAUUUAAAUAAUGAUUCUAUUCAUUCUAAUGUAUUGUUAAAUCAAAAUAUGCACUCAGACUGUGAUCUAGUGACUGCUGAUCAAAUCCACUCGCUUCAACAUCAUCGUAAAGAUGUAAAUUUAAAAGAAUUUAAAAGUAUUGGAAAUCCUUCUGUGAAUGAAUCUUAUUUAGCAGCUAGUGAACUUAAACACUGGCUACAAGUCACUUAUGAAUUGGAACUGAAACGUUACUGUGAGAAGAAAAUAGAAGCUGAAAAGAAGUUGAAUUUUGCUCGACAAGCGUGUAAACGUUUUAAUCGUAAACGCUAUAAUGUUUUUGGUUCACUUCGACUAGUGCAUACAGAUAAUUUAGAUGAAUUGGAAAAGCGUUUAGUUAUUGCCAAGUAAAAUAGCUUUAGAUCAACUUCAAAGUGAAGUUCAAGAGCGUAUUCAUCGUUGGAGUCGUAUUGAAGCCUUAAGCGGUCACCUCAUACGAACAGAUGUACGUAAUGAACAUGGCAAAGGAAUAACUCGUGAUGUAACAAAUCCAAUACAGUAUUCAAUAGAUAGAAGUAAAUUCUAUGACAAUGAAUUCAAAGAAAGUGAUUCUGAUCACUUAUCUGCAAGUGAACAAACUUUUCCAGAAGCUAAACGUGUAUUCAAACUUACCAGUAAUGAUUCAAUAACUAGUUUUGACUGCAUACAUGAUGAAUUAUCUUUCUGCUCUAAAGAUUCAAUGCUACAAUCCUCUAACACAGAGGGUAGUGAUUUUUCAAAAACCAGUAGUAUCCCAAGAAAUUAUUCUUUUGUCAGACCAUUUGCCACCUUGUGGAGACGUAAAACAAAAUCUGGCCGGGGUAAAUCAGAUUCUAAACAGUUAUUAUGAGAUAAAAAGAAAAGAUAAUAUGUUUUUCCUUCAGAAUAAUAAUCAUAAUAAUAUCUUUGUUUUAACUGUCCACUUGUUUUUUUUGUUUGUUUUUUUUUGCUGCUGACCUUCAUAUCGACAAAUAAAUUGUUUAAGUAGUAUAUGUAGUUCAUUUUCUUAUUUCUUAUUCAUUUAUUCAAUAUCUGGUGAAUGCAUACAUUCCUCUGAAUAAAUAGACCGUUAUACACUUGUGAAUAAAGUAGAUUGUCUCCUAUAACUAUUUUCAACAGUUAUAUUAUUUAUUUAUUUGUAUAAUCAACACUACAGUUGCGAAAUGUAUGUGCAAUUUUUUUUCCUUAUAUUUAAACAAUGUAGAACAUUGUUUCUUUGAUACUUAUUGUAUUUCAUUGCAUAUUUCAUUUUUAUUUCAGGUGAUCUACUUACUAACUAACUAACUAACCAACUUACUUAUUUACUUAUCUGCUAUCACAGAUUAUUUAUUGUUUCUUUUUUUUUUUCAAAUGUCUCUCGUUGGUAGAUUCAUUACUAACAUCUUGGUGAUAUUGACUUAAUAUUAAAUGUAUUGAAUGCAUUUAUUAUUUCGGAAUAAAAAAGAGAAUAUUUUAAUAUUGACUUUGAUUCUGUUUUUGUUCGUUGAGGUUGUUUAUUAACGAUACAAGUUGUUGGUCUAUGUGGGUGUUACCGACUGCAUUUAAUGUUUGCAAUUUAUUAUUUUAUUCAGUGACAUGGCUGAAUGUUUGAUAUAUAUAUAUAUAUAUAUAUAUAUAUAUAUAUACUGAAAGCACCAAUCCCUGCAUCUCUACCGAUGUUAUGUAUGCUGAAUCUUCGGAAAAAUAAGGUUAAUAAUAAUACAUAUUUGAUAAUUUCUUAGCAGAUUUUCUCUAACCAUAGUUAGUAUUUUCAAGAAGACUCACAUAUUAAUAUUGGAAAAGUGUGUUCCCAAACAAGUAAGUGGGAGGCUCUUUAAUUAAAAAUAUAUAAUUACAACAGUCAUACCGGAAAAUGCAUCCUGGACUAAUGAUAUGCUGCUUCAACAUUGGGCCAAUCAAUCAGUGGCAAGCAAUGUGUCGAGAUCUGAUUGGCUAUUAUCUGAUCAACGCCCACGCGCCUAUUAGUGUGCUGUAGUUUGACUGGUUGGUUUUGAGACAAACGUAUAGGAAAUCAAUAUUUGUACAGUUUAAAUUCUGACUGGCAGACUAUAUAUGGAUCUAGACUGUAGUUAUGCAUAACAACCGAUUAAUUUAUCUUAAUAUCAAUUCAACCUAUUCAGCCUUUGUCUUCCUGUCAUGCGAACCAGGCUAUUCACGAAAUGGCAUACUAAUGGUUGACUAAGAUGAGUAGAUGGUUGCUACUCACAUCAUCCAGUAGCAGUGUGGUGAGAACUGUCUGCUAGCCAAGCUGGUAGAUAGCAAUUUACAUCCUAAGUCUUGGUCAUGAGAAAAGAACAAAGACCAAAUCAACAACCAAUCACAGUAGAUUUUGCUUGGGUGGGUACAGUUUGCAGAUAUAUGGUCUAACCUUCGAAGAAAUGGCCACAAAAAGAUGAUAGCAAGAAAACAACCAAUCAGAAGAUUCUGUUUCUCUGCUAAUAAUAACGAAUAACAAUGUAAAUGAAAAUAUAUAAAUAUCUCUUGAUUUCCUUAAUAAAAAAUCUGUUGCCUGGCCAUUGUCUUCUGUCGUUACAGUAGUUGCUAGCCAGACUGAAGUAAUAUAGGC